CCGCCCACGCCCCCGACCGGCCGCUCGCCCCCCAGGGAAGGAGCCGGGGGCGGGAGCCGCAGCAUGCCCUGAUUCCGGCCUGAGCGCGGGACCGCUGCAGCGCGCUCCCUGCCCGCGCCGCGCGGGCGGAGGAGAGCCCGGGGGCGCCGUGGCUCCCUGGUACCAGAGUGGGGAGCCUGGCGGGAGAAGCGGCGAGUAGGGGAGAAGGGGUUCGCGGGCGGCGGGAAUCCCUCCUUUCCCAAGAACUGGAGAAGAUGGGGGAGGCCGGGUCCUCCCAUCCCCGGCUCUCCACCGAGCCAAGUAGAGGGGAGGGGAGAGAGGUUGUCAUCCGCCCCCACCACGAUGUGCAGCUCGGGAGUUCCUCCCACACGUCCCGGCCCGCGUGGCCCACCCACAGCGUGAGGCCGGGGGAUCCUGUCUUCCUCCUUGACAGCACUCCCACUCCCCCUGAGAAACGCGCGUCCCCCAACCCGUCCCGAUUCCCCAGCAGGGGACGCGGGAUUCACCGCGCCCACGCGGCCACCGAGGAGGGAAUCCUCCCCCGCCAAGCCGGAGUGAUUUGGGGUCGCACCUCCACGCUUCCUCCCUCUCCUCCCGCUCGCCCGCGGUCCCGCGGCGCGCGCUCUGGGAGCAGGCCUUGGGGAACACAUCAGCCGCCCCCGGGAUCCGCUGCAGCCCGGCGAGGUGACAGCGCUCCGGGUCGAAACACAGGCGGCCCUUGAGUGCAGAGCGCCAGCAGGCAGCAAUGGGUGGGGACAGCCCUGUGGAAGGCUAGAGGGUGGGGAGAGAAGAGGGGGGAGGCCUCUGUGUGGCUCAAAGAUAGUGGGUUCAGCGUCUUCCUGCUGCAACUCAGCGGCGGGCCCUUCGCAGGCUGCAGUAGACAGCGCCUGCACCCGGCCUGCUGGGCCCUCCUGCCAUCCUGUGGCCAAAGGGGUUGCUUUGAAACGUUAGAGAAUUUACCAGAGAUUCGGUGCACGUGUUUUCUAUUCCAACUUCAUUCCUUCUUCAUCACCAAAAUCACACAUCCACGACCCCAGAUAUACCAAACUCUUGCCUCUGGAGCAACUACUGGGCUGCUACUGCGCUCAGGCUCAGCCGGGAGUCAGAGCGGGGUCAGGGGUCCCCAGAGGGGCAGGGGCGUGGACAAAGAAUCGAAGUGGGCACAAAAGUUUUCGGGAUAGUGGACCAAGGGAUCCUGACACGCUAACCCUCCCCCCCGCCAUUGCUUCUAAUCUCGGGCGAGGUCCUGGACGCGGGGGGCGCUGCAGGAACAGGGUGGUGGGAAUGCACACCUCCCGGGCUCCCCAGAAGUUCCCUGGCUGCAAAGGGACAUCGCCAGGUGUUUUCAACUCUUUCUUCCUGCUGGGGGUGCUGGAGACCACUUGCAAAGAGCCCCACCCCACCUCUCACCGUCCGCUAAACCCCUAAACUAGCUCUCCUAGUGCGGACCUCAAAGGCACACUUAAGUUACUGGUUUUUCGACUCCGCGCGACAUGCUUUGCUCUCAGCUGAUUCCUUCUUUCCUCUCUCCUCUUUCAUUUUUCUUCUUCCCUCUCUUCUAUUUCUCUCCUUCUCUCUUUUUUUAAGAGCGGCGAGCGGUGCGGGCGCCGCACGUUGGCUGCGGCCCGCUUCCUGCUUUCUAAUGUUCCAUUGUGAGGAGCUUCCAUUGUGACGUCGCGCCCCUUCGGCUGGGCUUUGUCUGUCCAUAUAUGGGCAGCUACGUCACGGAGCUUUCCCGGGGCUCAGAUAAAUAGGCUGGUGGAGUUCCCUGGCUGGGAGCUUUUGGGCAGCAGUGAGCUUGCUAGGAAGCGGCGGGGCUGGUGGUGGUGGUAGCAGCGGCGGCGGCAGCGGCAGAGGCGGCGGCAGCAGCGGCGGCGGUGGUGGUGGCAGAUCGGGGGGCGGGGGGGCCGCGGGCGCGUGUCUGUUUGUGAGAUCAAUACUGAGGCCGCGUCCGACCCCCUCGGGCCGAGAUCCCCCCCCAGCCCAGCCCCCACCCCACCCGCUGCGAAACGCCCCACCCCACCCCCACGACCCAGCCAGCUGAGACACCCAAGAGGAUUACCCCCUUUGCCCCCUCCCACCCCCCCCCAAAAAGAAGCUCCCCUCUCUUGGCCCAUCCCUUCCCUUCUUCCCUCUCCCCUCCCCCCGAACUUUCCCUCUCGCAUGCUUUUCCCCUGCACCACGGAUCGCCUCUCGGAUGCCGCUUGCCUGGAAGCUGCGUUAGGAGGGAGCGGUGGCGGCGGUGGCGGCGGCGGCGGCAGCUCGGGAGUGCUAUGACCGGCAAACUCGCCGAGAAGCUGCCGGUGACCAUGAGCAGUUUGCUAAACCAACUGCCUGACAAUCUGUACCCCGAGGAGAUCCCCAGCGCGCUCAACCUCUUCUCCGGCAGCAGCGACUCGGUAGCCCAUUACAAUCAGAUGGCUACAGAGAAUGUGAUGGACAUCGGUUUGACCAACGAGAAGCCCAACCCAGAACUCUCUUACUCGGGCUCCUUCCAGCCAGCCCCCGGCAACAAGACCGUGACCUACUUGGGAAAGUUCGCCUUUGACUCCCCUUCCAACUGGUGCCAGGACAACAUCAUUAGCCUCAUGAGCGCCGGCAUCUUGGGGGUGCCCCCGGCCUCAGGGGCGCUCAGCACGCAGACGUCCACCGCUAGCAUGGUGCAGCCGCCGCAAGGCGACGUGGAGGCCAUGUAUCCGGCGCUGCCCCCCUAUUCCAACUGCGGUGAUCUCUACUCGGAGCCAGUGUCUUUCCACGACCCCCAGGGCAAUCCCGGGCUCGCCUAUUCCCCCCAGGAUUACCAAUCGGCCAAGCCGGCCUUGGACAGCAAUCUCUUCCCCAUGAUUCCUGACUACAACCUGUACCACCACCCCAACGACAUGGGCUCCAUUCCGGAGCACAAGCCCUUCCAGGGCAUGGACCCCAUCCGGGUCAACCCGCCCCCCAUUACUCCUCUGGAGACCAUCAAGGCAUUCAAAGACAAGCAGAUCCACCCGGGCUUCGGCAGCCUGCCCCAGCCGCCGCUCACGCUCAAGCCCAUCCGGCCCCGCAAGUACCCCAACCGGCCUAGCAAGACCCCGCUCCACGAACGGCCCCACGCGUGCCCAGCAGAGGGAUGCGACCGCCGUUUCAGCCGCUCGGACGAGCUGACCCGGCAUCUGCGCAUCCACACGGGCCAUAAGCCCUUCCAGUGCCGGAUCUGCAUGCGGAGCUUCAGCCGCAGCGACCACCUCACCACUCACAUCCGCACACAUACGGGCGAGAAGCCCUUUGCCUGCGAGUUCUGCGGGCGCAAGUUUGCGCGCAGCGACGAGCGCAAGCGCCACGCCAAGAUCCACCUCAAGCAAAAGGAGAAGAAGGCGGAGAAGGGGGGUGCGCCCUCGGCAUCUUCAGCUCCCCCAGUGUCUCUGGCCCCCGUGGUCACCACCUGCGCCUGAGGCACUGGCCCCCAGAUCCCCACUUUUCCCCUUCAGUGCCUCCCGGCUGCUCGCCUGAAAGCAGCGGGAAAGCCAGCCACGGAGGCGCAGGGGCCGCGCCCUGGCCUCUCCAUGGACGUGCGGCCCCUUGCUCCCCUUCGAUGCCCCCGGUUCCCACCCUUUCACACCGGCCAGCGGUCGAGGGGCCAGAGCUGGAGAUGCCUUCCCCUCGCUGUCCCCCCACCCCCUUAGCCAAGGCGUGGGGGCGGAAAGGUGGCGUCUAGCCCGCUUUGUUCAGUCGGAUCGCCUUGAUCCAGGGGCCGCUGGGCAGCGCCAAGGACCUGCGGGGGACUAAAGGCGGAGCCCACCAACCCUCGCCUGACCCAAACACCUCACUGUUUCCCCAGUGUUUCCCUCGGUUCCCCUCGAAGACUCGAGAGGGGGAGGGGGUUAAGAAGCGCACCAAAGCGCAGAGCUUGCUGCCCGCCGCACGCACGCGCGCCUGCGUGCGGGAUGCGCGCGAGUGUGUGCGUGCUCGCGUGUGAGUGUGUGUAUGUGUAUGUGUGUGUGUGUGUGUGUUCGCGCGCGCGCGCGCGCGCGUCUAUGUGUGUUAGACUCUUGAGCUGAACUGGGCUGUGUCUACCCCAAACUCUUCCCCACAUUGGGUCCCCAGGCCGCUGGGGGAUGUCCCAGGCUGGGGGCCUGCACGUGGCCGGAGGAGAUGGUCUUCCGUCUGCUCUGAAAUAAUGUUUCUUACAGAAAUGCCUCGGAUGCCGCCGCCGCGGGGCCGCUGCCGCCGCUUCGGGUUUGGCCCCUCAGAACCCCUCCUUUUCUGAGCGCUUCCCUCUUAGGCCUCAGGGCAGUUUGAUCUGCGGGGAGAAGAGCAGCCAUCACUGAGCCUGCCUUUAUAUAUAUGUAUUUUCUCAGCCCCACUUUUAAAAAUGUUCCUGAGUUUGCCCUCCGCCCGUUUUCCCUUCCUUUUCCCUCCCCACCAAGGCUUCUCCCCAUCUCUCCCAAAAUCUUUUCCCAGAAAGGCAGGCCUCAACCAUUCACUCCAGCUUUCUAUUUUUUUCUCAUCUACCCAUUUCUCUUUCCACUAUUCAUAAGAAAGCUGGCUUUGGUUUUGCCCUUUGUCAUCACCAACACAGCAGAUAGAAAUUAAAUGUGUGUAUGUAUGUGUAUGUGUGUGUAUGCAGAUACACACAGACAUAUAUAUAUAUAUAUAAAACAUACCCAGUAUAUGUAUUCCUAGAAAGAUAAAAUUUCUAAGGUAUUUGGUUAUCCAGUGCAGUGCACUGGAAUAAAGAGAAUUUGUAGGUGUAUACAGCUUUAAAUGGUUUAUUUUUUAUGAAAAUGUUAACGGAUGAGAUUAUAUCUACAUACGUGUGUAUGUGUGCGUGGAUAUAUACAUACACGUAUCUGUACACAUGUGUUUGUAUAUACAUACACACAUCUCUGUCCAAAUGGUCCUCAAAGAUGGGGGAUUUUUUUUUCAUUAAUCCAUGUUGAUGAAUGAGAUGUCUCUUUUCCAUAUCCCAGCCUCACCUUCUCCCUGCCCUACCUCACCUCUUCUCAGGCACCCCCCUGUCCCCAGCUGUCCUGCCCAGCACUUCUCUAGCACAGGGUGGCUCUUUUGGAAUAGUAGGGAAGGUUGCUCUGUGACACAGCUUCCAGCACAGUCUUGACUGAAUGUACCCGUCCCCAUUAGCGUUAUUUCUCCUGUGGUCCGUUAAAGCUGCCCAGAGAGAAAAAAACCAAGGUCUAGAGUUUACAGAAUGUCUGUUUUUAAAGUCACUUUAUGCGUUUCCCACUUUUUUUUUUUUUAAAGGAAAAAAAGCACCGGUUUUUUGGUGGUGGAUAAAUAAUACUAAAUGGACUUUAGUGAAGGGGGGGCUCAAAGAGCAGGGGGGGUUGUGAAUUUCCAGGUACUUGGACUUUUUGUAGAAGGAGAGAGAAGAUGAAGUUUGCCAGGAGGGCCCAUAUUUUUUCAGCUGAAGGGUAAAAUCUUUCUUUGCAAAGACAGUAUUUUGCUGAAUACUUUUUAUAAUGUGAUGAUUAUUAAAAAAACAAAAAUUUUGGUCACUUCAAAGCUGGAAGGAGGAAUCAGAUAUCCUUUAAUAUUUUUUCCUUGCUCCUUCUGGUGUAUGCAUGCCACUGCAUGUUAACUCUGAGUUUUCCUUUGUUUUAAUAAAACUGUUCUCAGACAUUUAAGCUAAACUAAGAGAAAAAUAACUUUGUUGCCAAAACGUUGUGCUAUCCGGAUUUUUUUAUAUGUCUGCAUGUUUAAAAAAAAAGAACAAAAGAAAAUGCACUCUAACUUAUGUGAACUGAGAGGGAAAAAAAUAAUCAGGUUUUAAACAGGAAAACCUAUGGGGAAUGAUAUUUUUUGAAAGACUUUUGUAUAAAGUUGAGUACUUAGAAAAAGACAAACCAGAUGUAAUAUAUUUUGUGGAUGUUUUUAUUUCUUGGAUUUAUAGUACCUUAUACUAAGGUUAAAAAAUAUGCUUGAUAUUGUGAAAAGGUGAAAUUCUUCACCAACAUUUCAUUUGCUCCUUUGUCACGUUGUUAUGCCAAUAUAAUAUAGUUCAUGAAAACAGCAUUUUUAAAAACCGAAAUAUUGAAAUGGUGUAAUGUUGUACCAUUUGCACUGUGAGCAAAUGCUAAUACAGUAAAUAUAUUGUGUUUGCUGACAAUCA